GGUGUCCAACCGGUGGGUACGACCGACGCGUGGAACAACAAGUGCAUAUGGCGUUCUCAACUCUUACAUUCUCAACUGUUGAGUACAUCAUGAUCAUUUGUCAUGCAAAAUGAGCAUCAACGUCCACACGGUGAAGCUACUCUGCGUGACAAAUUUUGGAAGGGCUAAACCAACAGCAUGGGAAAAAUAAUCUGUGCCGAAUUUGUAAUGCAAGAAAUGCAACAAGAUCCGGCCUUUCCCUGUUGCCAUUGUCGCAUCACAAAUUCAUGUUUUGCAUGAAUCGGAAAACCGCCUCUGAUCCGUGUGGUCUGGGGACACGUUGUAUGAUUUCGAGAUCACGCACCUACUAGCCCGAGGGGGUGCGCCGGGAGCCCGAAAAAAAAAAACGAAAGUAAGGAAAAGCUGGCGUAAUGGUAGGAUGUGCCCGAGUGUGAUGGUGAUGGCUUCGGUCCGCCUGACUCCGCGACCCGGUGGCCUGACCAUCUGCGGAAAGGUGCCAUAUGGGUUGCGUUUGUGGUUUCGGUCCGUUUAGCAUCACAAAAUCAUGUAACAGUUGCGAAUGUAACAAUUGAGAAUCCCAUAGUGCAAGGAUCUCCGUUUUGACCACGGUCCGAAGGGGUACCUGAACGAGAUGGCCCAGCUCGAGGAGCACAAGGUAUGGAGCUGUCAGGAUCGAAAUCAACAUAUCAAAAUAAUUUGUGAUUCAUGAGAUCGAUACAACCAGUUGGAGCGUCAAUUACAGUUUCCAAGUGGCGCACGACAAAUUUCGGGAGCACCAGAAUCCUGUCUGUCAUGCUGUUUGGGCAAAGAAGACUGCUUCUGUGGUCAUGCUACUCCGGAGGCAGCGCAUCGCCUUCCCCUAGAUAGGCUCGCCAUCGGUCUCAUUUGCCUGCGUGCUCCCCAACAGAGGCCAUUCGCGCCCUACAUUUUUAUGCAUUAGAAUUUUUUCGGUUUUAUGGUCAAUUUCGAUUUUUCCGACGCUUCCAUACAAUGAUAAGGUUGACUAUUACUACGCCACCGCGGCGAAACUUUGGGACGCCAGCCCCGCCGCCAGCCCCGCGGGAGACAAAAGAUUUCUUGGCUACAAAAAUAUCAAGUUUGCAAUAAACGUUACAUUGUUCUCAGCUGUUGCAUCGGUUUGAUGUCAUGCGAGAAUUAUGGCAAACGGGGUCGGGGGGAGCAGCUACUUGCACGACCUGUCGCGUGACAAAUUAUGCGGCACCGAAGAUUCCAUGCUGUUUAUUAGCCCUACUUCGCGAAAAAUUUGUCAGCAAGUAGCCUGUGCUUCGCGUGGAUGCCGAAGAUCGCUCAUAAUUUUUCUGUUCCAUGACGAAUCUCGCAACGGCAGGCAAUGCAACGUCUGAGAAUCGCAUAAAAAAGGGCGAGGAACAGACGAAACAAGAUGUAAAGGGAGGCAUUUCUGCUGGGUAUGCCUGGCGAGCGGCCUGGUGGAUGCGACGAGCCUGGUGGCAGGUUACUCUGACCGACGAAGCCCUUCUAUGGAUUGCAAAAAUGUCUGGUAUUUUGUCUGGAAACAAGACCUUGGUACAGCACAGGGAAGAGAACGACUCGCAAAAAUGUCUGGGUCUGGAAGAUUGCCUGAUUUGUCAUGCAGGUUUUCCAUGACCCAUGGGGUCUGGUAUGUAGGACAUAGCAUGACAGAUUUUGCAAAACCUUUCCAAAGCCUAUCCUGCAUGAGAAACUGCCUCUCGAUUAGCAUAUGCAAACACAGUUUUUUGCCUGAUUCAGAUUCAGCAUGACAAGUUGCAUUCUUCCAGACCCAUCGCGAGCACCCACAGGCUCCCAGGUGCCUAGCGCUUUGGCCAUCGUAGCACCUUGGUAGAGCCUGCGGGACCCCGUGGGCAGAAGUUCAUUGCACCCAAUUUGCAUGUUGCGCAAGUGAUAGUGAAAGUAGCAGUAGUCAGUGCCACCGGUGGACGUCAUAACAUGCUUUUAAUCUCUCUCUACAUAUUGUAUCCACGUAGUUCUCUUCUCUUUUCUUUCUUCAAAGUGUUAAAGUCGUUCUCUUCCCUGUGCUGUGCCAUGGUCUUGCUUCCAGACAAAACACCAGACAUAUGUGCAUAGGAUAGCUUCAGGGAGGCUACCAAAACGGCGUGGACGUCGAAUCCGUGCGGCUGUGGAACUAUCCACAAAAAAAGAACCAUCGCCAUCCAAUUUCUCAUGCAAAAUGUGCAUAAAUUCCACUAUUUGAUGUCAUGCAAAAAAUGGAUGGGGACGGUUGUUUUUUUGUGGAUAGGAACCGCGACGAUUACACCUACUGGUGGCAUCGGCGG